GUAUCGCAAAUACGAGCAAUUAUUGUGAAACAAGAUUUCCACAAAAGAGAAGAGAGCCUGUGAAACGGCGAGAUGCCAUGGCCCCCAUGAUGCCCAACCAGACAAACAAGUGGAGUCCUGGCCUCCCCCACCUCUACAAAAACGUGGGCAUUAACAAGGACCCCUCAAGGAGGCAGGGACCUCCUCCAAUGGCGACCCGGCCUGCCGACCUCUACCCUGAUAUGUCCACGCAUAUACAUAUAUGCAUAGCCGAAUAGUGUGCACUGUCUCUCCCAUGCUUCCUCUCUCCAUAGGUCCUCUCUUCAUUCGUCCUCUCGGAAUUCUUGUUGCAAGUACAGCAUGAUCUGCUACACGCCAUGGUUGCUGGCAUGCUGCCUCCUGCUGCUCUUGUACAGCGUCAGGCUCAGGUCUGGCUGGAGCCAUGGCCACGGGCCGAGGAGCUACCCGGUGAUCGGGUGCCUGGUCGCCUUUUACCAGAACCGGUUCCGGCUGCUGGACUGGUACACCGAGCUGCUGGCGGCGUCGCCGACGCAGACGAUCGUCGUGGACCGGCUGGGCGCGCGCCGGACCGUGGUGACCGCGAACCCGGUGAACGUGGAGCACAUCCUCAAGGGCAACUUCGGCAACUACCCCAAGGGGAAGCCCUUCACCGACAUCCUCGGCGACCUGCUCGGCACGGGGAUCUUCAACGUCGACGGCGAGCUGUGGUACGCACAGCGGAAGCUGGUGAGCCACGAGUUCUCGGCGCGCGCGCUCCGGGAGCUGGAGUUCGCCGUGCUCGAGGACGAGGCGCGGGACCGCCUCGUGCCGGCGCUGGGCCUCGCCGCGGCGCGCGGCGACGCCGUCGACAUGCAGGACCUGCUCCGCCGCUUCUCCUUCGACGUCAUCUGCCGGGUGUCGCUCGGCGUUGACCCCGGGUGCCUCGACGCGGCAUUGCCGGCGCCGAGGCUGGCCGCGGCGUUCGACGCCGCGGCCGGGAUCAUCGCCAGGCGCGGCGCCGCGCCGGUGGCCGCCGUGUGGAAGGCCAAGCGCGCGCUGGACCUCGGCUCCGAGCGCCGUCUGCGCGAGGAGAUCAGGGUCAUCCACGAGGCCGUCAUGGACCUCAUCCGCACCCGCAAGAAGGAGCGGGCCCUUGUCAACGGCGGCGACGGGCGGAGGAGCGACCUCCUGUCGCGGAUGAUCGAAUGCGGCUACCCGGACGAAGCGAUCCGCGACAUGGUGAUCAGCUUCAUCAUGGCCGGCCGCGACACGACGUCGUCGGCGCUGACGUGGUUCUUCUGGCUGCUCACGCGCCACCGCGACGUCGAGCGGGAGGUCCUGCGGGAGAUCGCGGGCGGCGCGAGCCACGCCGCCGGCGGGCAGGGCAAGAUGCGCGUGCUCCACGCGGCGCUGUGCGAGACGAUGCGGCUGUACCCGCCGGUGGCGUGGGACUCGAAGCACGCGGCGGCGGGCGACGUGCUGCCCGACGGCACCCGCGUGGAGCGCGGCGACCGCGUCACCUACUUCCAGUACGGCAUGGGGCGGAUGGAGUCCAUCUGGGGCGCCAACGCCGCCGACUUCAGCCUGCAGCGCUGGCUCUCCCUGCCGGAGGACACCUCGCCGCCGGCCGCCGUCGCCGGCGUGUCGCCGUUCAAGUACCCCGUGUUCCAGGCCGGCCCGCGGACAUGCCUCGGCAAGGAGAUGGCCUUCGUGCAGAUGAAGUUCGUGGCCAGCACCGUGCUCCGCCGGUUCGAGCUCGCCCCCGUCGACGAGGGCCGCGUGCCGGUGUUCCUGCCGCUGAUGACGGCGCACAUGGCCGGCGGGCUCAACGUGAUGGUGAGGAGCAGAGGGGAUCAGAUCACCGCCGCAGCUGCGGCAGCAGGCAGCACACCCGUUGCUGCAGCUGGAGCUCCCAAUUGAGCACUCCGUCCAGUAGUUAACACCUCAUGUAAGUACAGACCAAUUAAAAUCAGGAUUAUUUAGUUCACAUAUAUACAGUUACAAAUUCAUGAGGAUUAUACUAUUGCUGCAUAAAAGUAGUGUACACUUUGUACCAUACCAUGAUCAAUAUGAAAGAGAUACACAACAAGCAUACAAGUUUAAUUUCCA